AUGUUUCUUACGAAGAAGGGAUACCUCCCCAUGACCAAAAAGACUCCCGCCUACCGCGAUGAGUCCGCUGAGCAUCUUGUGGGCGAAGAGUCCUCGAGGAGCUCUAGCUCGGAGGAGUUCGUGGUCCAGGAGAAGCGUAGCAUGUCUACUAUUUUGCCGGGCCGCAAGGGACGCAUCUUCUUCUUCCUCAAUGUUGGGUUGUUCUGCGUUUCUCUGGUUGUCUUUGGGGCCUCCUACAGUUACACAUACCGCAUGCGUAACAAUGUCAAUAACGCAUUAUUGAAGGGGACCAACUACUACUCUCCCCUUCUCAACAAUGUCAACAUCCCGCUGUAUGAUGUCCGAGUCAAUGGCUCACUACUCGACAUGGACGGCAGUAUCUACCGCGCACCCCCCAGCCCCGAAGUCGACGCAGCCUGGAACCGUGUUGCCGACCUCCGUCCUACCUGGAUCACCACCGAGGACGUGAUCAAACUCGGCAAAGACCCCAGCCGCACAGCCAGAUACCCCGACGACUUCGGCCUCGGCCCCGACAAGCACAUUGCUGAGCUCGACGUCCUUCACCAGAUCCACUGCCUCAAUGCCAUCCGCCGCGACCUGGACUUUGAGUACUACUUCCGCGCCAAGUACCCCGACGGCCAAUUCCCCGAACUUCACAGAGUGCACACCUCGCACUGCCUGUACAUCAUCCUGCAGCACCUCAUGUGCACUGCAUCGACUGAUAUCGUGACUCAGGCGUGGGUCGAGGGCCAGACCCACCCCUUCCCCGACUUCAGCAUUAAUAGGAAGUGCAGGGAUUUCAACGCCAUCCUUGAGUGGCAGGAUAAGAACGUUGUUGAUCUUGAUAAGUUCAAGGCGCUGAGGAAGCCGGAAGGUCAUGUUCCGUCCAGGAUGAGCGAGGAGUUUAAGAGGAUGUUUGGUGUUGAAGACUGGGAUGGGAGGGAUCAUGAUCAUGGGCAUGCGGGAGCUGCUGCUGCGACGGGGACUGGUGCUGCUGCUGGUGGACAUGGUGAGCAUGGUGAGCAUGCGGGUCAUAGCUGA